CGAAGCAAAGAUGGCAACAUCAUUAUACACAUUAGAAUAAAAAGUAUUGUAUCGAAAGAUCGAUCCUCCUAGUGUCGAUCCAGAGAACUAAGAAUCGAGGAUCGAUCGAGACUGUCGAGUUAAUGUCGUGUUUAGAAAGAGAAUCGUGAUUACGAUUUUAUCUGUCGAUGGUCGCAGCUGUUACUUUGGUAAGUGUUCUGUCCCGUUGUUUGUUUGACCUCCCGAGCAAUUUAUAACAACAACGUAAGAUCGUGAUGGCUUCGGGCAUUAAAAUCGGAAUAUGGCGCUAAGAACGGAAUUGUAGUUAUCCAGAAUUACAAACGUGUAAUUCUGUGUUUGAAGAUGCGAAAAUAAAUGAGUGAAUUAAAGAAAUUGCUAAGAGGACGCUCCCGUUCUUUUCGUGUUAUGAGGACUGCUUAGGAGGUCAUCUUAUGCUGACCAAGAACAUUAACAUAACCAUUGAGUUGUCUCAAUCCAUCCAGAACGGAAAUUCACCUUUACGAUCUGAUUCUUACAUGAAAGAGUCAUCAACAUCAGCAGAUCGGAUGAUUCACAAUAAUGUAAAUUCCUAUUCUACCAGACAUUUACAUGCCAUUAAGCCAUCUGGGCCAUCAAAGUUUCGAACAUGUAGCAGAACCACUGAAGAUAUAAACAAGGAUGUGCAUUCAACCAUUCAACAUUCUCCCGGUCCUGUAUUAUCACAAGCUUUGAAACUAGAAAAGUUUCGCACUCCAGAUUUCGGCAAUGUUCAUUCAGUAACUAGGACACACGCGUGGGUUGAACAGCAGACAAUUUCAGAGAAAAGUAACGAACAUGACUUGAAAAAUAUAGUUUCUGGUAAUACAAAUAUUAAAAUGGAAUAUAAUAAAGUAAAUACUAUAUCUAAACAGCCAGAGAUAAACAGGAAAAUACCUCAUCAGUUACACGAAAACCUGGAUCAUUCGAAUACGUUACGCCACCGUCGUAUAGAAAAACAAAAUCUCUGUGCUCAUUUCUCACCGAAACGUGACGAUGAUAAUGUCGAAAGUGAAAGCUUGAGGAAUGCUUGUGCUAAGUGGUUUGCACGCGAUGAUGUGACUUCGAUUCAUCGACAUAUACCAAAUAAGCAGGGUACUUACGUUGAUCUAUCGCUAAACAUUAAAUCAAGCGAAGAACCCGAUAAAGUUGUACAAAAAGAAACUAUUGGAAGAACUCAUCAAGAAACUUCUAAGAGGAGACAUUUAGAUGAAGAUGAGGAUAAAUCGAGCUCGGAAUCUGGAAGAGGUACAAUGCAAAGUGGAAUGACAGGACCCAAACAUCAUCUAGAUAUUAGUCUCGAUUCGGAUCACAGUGUGGUUACUUGGAUUAAAAAAGAAUCCAUUCCCUGUAACCAAACGUCUCAACUCGAUUCGGUUCCUCACGAUUCAACGCAAUCUUCUUCGAUGAAACCAAAAACUGUGUCGUCGCCUCAAGAAUCUAGUAACAGCGAGAGGAAAGAUCGGCAGAAAUCUCAACCUGUUAGGAAUAGAUGUCAAACGGGUCUUAAAAGUACGAUAACAAGAAAUUCCCAUCAAAAUAAAAUAUUUUUAAAUGACACGGAAUCUAAUACAACAACAAGUAUAGAUUUAGAAAGUUUGACUUUAGAAGACGACGAUGAUGACGUUUCCGCUUCAAAUUAUCAUGAAGAUAAUGAAAUGUUUGUUAUUAGACAACAGUUAGAUGGACUCGAAACGAUGUAUUCUGAGAUACUUCGUUUACUCGGGGUGAAGAGUCGAUGUUUAAAAAUGGGAAGUAGGAUAUCAUCCCGACCAGAACAUCAUCAUCGAAGUGGACGUUCGAGGAAGAUUUAUGGAAGUUUAUCAUCAUUAACAGGGAAGAGUUGUUCAACUCAUAGAGAAAAGAGUCAUUGCCACAAUGAAAAACGUCGCUGUAAAGAAAGCAAAAAUGGAAGUUCUAAUCGCUGUAUACAACGUUUGGAAUGUCACGUUGUCAAUCUGGCAAGAAACAUCGCACGACUUUCGUCAGAAAUAAGGUCACAGCAAUAUUUAUCGAGGGAAUUAGACGAAUUAAGGAACGACGUGACAUGGGUUCGCGAUCAACUGAAACUAGUUCAGUCAUCUACCUCAAAAAACUUUAAAGAUUGGGACACGUUUCGGACUGAAGUUUUACAGAUUUUAAAUCCAGGAAGAAUUAGGAAAUUAACUAAAUUCUUCGGUGCCGAACCACCUCUACUUCGCCAGUUUUUGAAGAGAUUAGGUUAUGAAAAAUACGCUCCGAAUUUCGAAACGGAAAAAAUCGGAAUAAUGGAACUCCCGUACCUGAACGAAGAAAAAUUACAAAAAUUAGGUAUACCAAUGGGUCCUCGAAUUCGUAUAUUACAAGAAGCUCAUUUUACAUUUCAUCAAAAUGAUUUAAAGAUAUACAUUGUAUAAAAAAAACAUUUUUUUUUAUAUAUUUUUUGCGUGUUCAAUAGUCAUAGACAAGCUCAAAUAUAUACGAUUGA